AUGCACCUCUCUCUUCUCGAAUGCACCUCUCUCUUCUCGAAUGCACCUCUCUCUUCUCGAACGCACCUCUCUCUUGUCGAACGCACCUCUCUCUUCUUGAAUGCACCACUCUCUUUUCGAACGCACCUCUCUCUUCUCGAACGCACCUCUCUCUUCUCGAACGCACCUCUCUCUUCUCGCGUGCACAUCCAACCGCAUGCCUACUGCCACCCCCCUUAUCAAGUGAAUCAGAUCCAUUGCCUAUUUCACAACAGCAGCAGCCCCACACCUGCUGCCUCCGUGCCCCCUCCUGCUCUCUCUUCUCUCCCCUCUACUGCUCCACUGGCACUCCUCUCGUAUCCUCAUCUGCUCUGCUCUGCUGUCCUCUGGCCCCAAUCGCCUCUUCUCCCCUUUCUCCCACCCCUGCCAUCUCCCCUCCCUGCCAUUUCCCCUCCCUGCCGUCUUCCCUUCUCUCCCCCAUGCCUGCCUGCCACGGCCCAUCAAUGCAGCAGCACCGCCUCUCACGGCAAUCUCAAAGCUUCCGUUCCGCAAGAUCUGGGCAAUCUGCAGCAGCUGACCCGCCUGUCAGUGCGCUUGGGGGGAGGGGGAGUAGUAGCAGGUGGGAGGGGACCCCUCACACCCCAUCUGGCCCCUCACACCCCAUCCGUCGCCAUGAUCUCUGUGCUCCCACCUGCAUCGGCUACUGCUCCCCACUCCCUUGCAUCUCCUGCCACUCGUUUCUUUGGUCAACCUUCUCCUCUCCCCUGCACCAUCCUCCGAUAA